AUGAACAAUAAUAUUGGAGAAGAUGAUGAUGAUUUACUCAUAAGUGGAGCUAGGAACAAUAAAAAAGGUUAAAUUAAUUUAGAUUUAUCUAAUUAUUCAUGUAACAUGUAAGAGUUAUUGUUUAUUAAGACCUGACAUUACACCAUCAUUUGAUCUAAAUAAUUUUAAAAAGUAUAUCCUGAAUGAGAAUUUGAAUAUUAAUGAGUUUUAGGAACUAAUUUUAAAUUGUCAAUUAAGUUCAAUGAAAUUAAGAUUUAGUGUAUGGAGAUUAUUUUUAGGGAUUUUUAAAAUAAAUGAUUCAUUAGAAUAGAAAAUCAACAAGCUGAAUCAAAAUAGAUUAGAUUAUUAAAAUUUAAGCAAGCAAUAUUUAUAAGCAGAAACAAAGAAAGAAUCAAAAAGAAGUAUCAGAAAUCCUUUAUUAUAAAAUUAAUAAGAAUAACAAAAACCAAAUGUAAAUAUAUAAAUAAAUAAAAUUAAGGUUUGGAAUAACUUUUUUGAGAUUAAUCACUUAAAAAGUGAAAUUAAGAAGGAUGUUGAUAGAACUCAUUAAGAUAAAUAGUUAUUUUAAAGUUUAAAGAUUAAGAAUUUAUUGUCAAACAUUUUAUUUAUAUGGAGUGUUAAGAAUCCUACAAUCUCAUAUAGAUAAGGAAUGAAUGAAUUAGCAGCAAAUGUAAUUGAAGUCUAUUUUACAGAAGCAUAAGGUUUCAAUAACUUAGAAGAUAAUGAUGAUAAGAAAUAAAUUGCAAUAUUCUUUGAUACCAAAUUUGCAGAAGAAGAUAUUUUUUAAUUAUUUGAAUAAAUCAUGAAUGCUCAUGUUGAUAUGUUUAAACAUACACCAGAAAGUUAGAAAAAAUAAUAACUUAUAAUAUAGAAUAGAAUUUAGAAAAUCUAUGAUUAAUAUUUGAAAAUAAUUGAUAUUACACUAUUUAAGCAUUUAAAAGUAUAAGAUGUAGAACUAUCAGUAUUUUUAGUGAGAUGGAUUAGGUAUAUAAAUUUAUAUUAAUUUUUAGAUGUAUGUUUACAAGAGAAUUUCAUGUUGAAGAUUCUUUAAAAGUUUGGGAUGCUAUAUUUUAUGAUUAUUAUCUUACUGAGGAUAAAUAAUGGCUUUUAUUAGUUGAUUGUAUUGUUAUUGCUAUGUUUGUUUAUGUUCGAAAUUAAAGUAUUAGAUAAUAUAAUAUUUUUAGUACUUGAGAAAGAUGAUCCAAAUGCAUGUUUGAAAAGAUUUCUUAAAUACCCUCCUGUUGAAAAUUUAGCAUAAUUGAUUCAAGCAGCUUUUAGUAUUAAAAAUGUAUUGUAAUCUGCAAAUCCUGAGCAAGCCCUGCUUUAGGAUUAAUUUUUGAUUACAUUUUUAGGAAGUAGAGAUGUCAGCAAAUCUCCUAAAAUAUUUUAAAACGUUAAAAAUCCUGAAUUUCCUGAUGAAAACAAUAAGUAAAUAAAAUUAUAAAUUAGAUUGUUAGAAGCAAUUAAUUUAAAAUAAUAAGACACUAUUGAAGUUUAAAUUAAUUAAGCAUAACUUUUACUUAAAGCAUUAAAUCAAGGUAUAUUGUGUAUUCAGAGAUUCAAUACAGAUAAAUCAAUUAAUGA